AUGUCUGAAAUAAGUCGCAACUUCGUCGAUCCUCUUCCCUGCCCAGCACGUACCAACGCAAUCCCAGAAUCCACCCCUGUAGAACACUGGAAACACCUGCCACCAUACAAGGUGCAAUCCGAGGAGCAAUUCGGUCCCAUCAAGUGGCGUGGAAGGUGUUUCUGUGGAAAUAUCACCUAUCUCUUGAAGCGAGAGAAACCACUCAAUGCCAAAUACUGUCACUGCCCUGUGUGCCGAGUUACCCACGGAGCUCCUCUUCAGUGGGCGGCGCUCUUCCACAAGCAUGAUAUGUCAUUCACCAAUGGUGCAAGCGGUUUGGCGUUUUAUUCUUCUACACAUCGAAGUCAGAAACAUAUCUUGCCUACCAAGGUGUCUUGUGCCAAUUGCCGGACACCUAUCAUGGAUGAAGGUCGGAAUAUGUGUUUGAUUUUUCCUCAAUUGAUUCAGCUCGAGGGAUCUAGCCAGGAGCAAAGAAAGAAGAGGGAGGUUUUCAAGCCGACAUGUCAUAUCUUUUAUGAGUCACGCAUGCUAGAUCUUCCGGAUGGUCUUCCCAAAUGGAGUGGAAUGGCGAAUGUCAGUGACCGGAUGGACGACCACGGUAACCGGAUCGAAGUCGGAAAGAUGAUUGUAUAA